AUGGAGUUCAACAGCUCGCUGCUCCCCGUGAGCGAGAGCGACCGGCAGCUGACCGUCGGUCAUGCGGGCCUGGACCGCGAGCGGCUGUGCGGCCAGGCCCCACAGUGUGUGCUGGCUUUCGACCAAGAAGCGCCAAGCCAAUCCCACCCGAUGGAGUUCAACAGCUCGCUGCUCCCCGUGAGCGAGAGCGACCGGCAGCUGACCGUCGGUCAUGCGGGCCUGGACCGCGAGCGGCUGUGCGGCCAGGCCCCGCAGUGCGUGCUGGCCUUCGACGUGGUCAGCUUCUCGCAGGAGCAGUUCAGGCUGGUGCACGUGGAGGUAGAGGUGAGGGACGUCAACGACCACGCGCCCCGCUUCCCCCGGGCCCAGAUCCCCGUGGAGGUGUCGGAGGGCGCGGCGGUGGGCACGCGCAUCCCCCUGGAGGUGCCGGUGGACGAGGACGUGGGCGCCAACGGGCUGCAGAGCGUGCGCCUGGCCGAGCCGCACAGCCCCUUCCGAGUGGAGCUGCAGACGCGCGCGGACGGCGCCCAGUGCGCCGACCUGGUGUUGCUGCAGGAGCUGGACCGCGAGAGCCAGGCCGCCUACAGCCUGGAGCUGGUGGCCCAGGACGGCGGCCGCCCGCCGCGCUCCGCCACGGCCGCCCUCAGCGUACGCGUGCUAGAUGCCAACGACCACAGCCCGGCCUUCCCGCAGGGCGCCGUGGCCGAGGUGGAGCUGGCGGAGGACGCGCCCGUGGGCUCGCUGCUGCUCGACCUGGACGCGGCGGACCCCGAUGAGGGCCCCAACGGCGACGUGGUGUUCGCCUUCGGCGCCCGCACCCCUCCCGAGGCGCGCCGCCUCUUCCGCCUCGACCCGCGCUCAGGCCGCCUCACCCUGGCGGGACCCGUGGACUACGAGCGCCAGGACACCUACGAACUGGACGUGCGGGCGCAGGACCGUGGCCCCGGGCCCCGCACCGCCACCUGCAAGGUCAUCGUGCGCAUCCGAGACGUCAAUGACAAUGCGCCGGACAUCGCCAUCACCCCGCUGGCUGCCCUGGGCGCACUUGCUGGGGGUGAGGAGGGGGCGGAUGCGGCCUCGUCGAACGGGCCCCGGACGCCAGCGGCCGGCGCCAUCUCUUUGGUGCCAGAGCGGGUGGCGCACGGGAGCUUGGUGGCGCUGGUCUGCACCUCGGACAGGGACUGGGGCGCCGGGUGUAGCGUGUGCGCCCUCUACCGGCACAAGCACUUCCGGCUGCAGCCGGCCUGAGCGGGCAGCUACCUGGUGGGGCGCCGUUUCCACCUGCCGACGGUGGCCGCGGUACUAGCGCUGCGCCCGGCAACUCUGAGCUGUCCCGGCGCCGCCGCCUGUGCCCGCAUCCCGCUGGCCCACUGGCGGCGGUCGUCGCGGUUCUGGACGUUGGGCAGCGGGCCCUGCGGUGCUCGGCGACACCGCUCCUAG